UGGAAUUUCUGUUGAAAUUGGGAAUGAAUUUUGGUAGCUUUAAGCUAUGUUUUUAAGUGUGGUUUAAGUAGAAAAUUAGCUUGAGUUGGCCUGUAGUGAUUUUUGGAGAAAACCCGUGAGAUUAUUUUGGAGGAUUGCAGUUACUGUUCACGUCGUGGGUACUGUUCACGGGUACUGUUCAUAGGCACUGUUCACACAUCGAGGGUCAAUAAUUAACGGGGAUUUAAAUGAUUAGUUUGUGAUACAAGAAUGAAUGUGGAGAUGUCCAGUUAUGUGAAGAUUGAUAGAAAUAGCACCGUGAUUAGGGGUAGUCCCGAUGAUGAUUUUACUUUGAAUUUGUGGUAGCGCGGUAUUAAUUGUGGAAUAUUGUGAUUAGGUUUUGAUCGUUCUGUCACCGUAGCGCUUGGGUUAGCCUUCGGUUCUGUGCGAGUGAGGAUGCGAAACCGAAGACGGGGAAAUCAAGGGGAGUGACGAGUUAGAAGGCUAGCCACUUGUAAUUAAUAUAGAUUUGAGAUAUAAAUUCAUUUCGCAGAUUGUUAGCUUAUAAGAGAUUUGAUCUAGAGAUUUUGAGAUAAUUGAUUUGAGUUAUUGGAUGGUCAGAUGUGAUUUGAAUAAGUUCCGAGCCUUGUGCAUUCGUGGGACCCUCUCACGAGUGCACGGCGUCUGUCGUGCCUCGGAUUUGGGUUCUGGGGCGUGACACUCCUAUUUUAGUAAUAGCAAACAAAUGGGGGAUGUCGCAAUCAACCUGCUAAGUUAUUUCAAUUUGAGAAUUAUUGGAUGAAGGAACUAGAAUGUGAGGACAAGAUCAAGGAAGGAUGGAAGGUUGGAUGGGGCAAUACAAACAUGUCCCGAGUUUUGUCUAAGAUUGCUUUUUGUGGUUCCCUCCUCACUGAAUGGAGCCAAGCUAAAUUUGGAAAUAUCCCUGAACAUAUCAAACACUUGCAGUAGAAACUUAUGAGCAUUAGGAAUGGUUCAGCACAAGAUAACAGUUUGGGGACAAUGGAAGCUUUAGAAAAAGAGCUCAGCGAUUGGCAAUGCAAGGAAGAGGUUUUAUGGAAGCAACACUCAAGAGUACAAUGGCUAAAGGAGGGAGAUAGAAAUACAGCUUACUUCUAUAACAGAGCUUUGGCAAGGCGCAAAAAGAAUCAUAUUGCUGAUCUAAUGGAUGAUAAUGGUACUUCUGUAUCAGACAGAACAAGAGUAGAGGAAAUUUGCAUCAGAUACUUCAAAGAUUUAUUCACCUCUAGAUAUUUUGGACCAAAUAGAAGAAUUCUUCAUGCACUAGAGGGUAGAAUCUCGUCCUCGAUGGCAACCUAUUUGGAUAAAGACUUUACAAGUUCUAAAGUUCUUACUGCUCUUUAGCAAAUCCAUUCUUCAAAAGCCCCAGGACAAGAUGGAAUGAAUGCUAGUUUUUAUAAAAAUUACUGGCACAUCAUAGAGGAAGAUAUCACUGCUACUGCUUUAGAUUUCCUUAACAAUGGGAUUAUGGAGAAAGAUAUCAACCUUACUCAUAUUGUAUUGAUCCCGAAAGUCAAAUGCCCAUCUUAUGUGAAGGAAUUUCGGCCCAUAAGUCUUUGCAAUGUGCUGUACAAAGUUAUCUCAAAAGUCUUAACUAAUAGACUUAAAUCAAUCUUGCCACAAAUCAUCUCAAAAAAUCAUAGUGCUUUUGUUCUGAAAGGCUAAUCUAUGAUAAUGUUAUGGUAGCUUUUGAAGCCAUUCAUCAUCUGAAGCACAAAAGGGUUGGUCAAAGAGGUGAUAUGGCUGUUAAACUUGACUUAAGCAAGGCAUUUGAUAGAGUAAAAUGGAACUUCUUAGAAGAUAUAAUGUGAGCUAUGGGGUUUCUCGAUAAGUGGACCAAUUGUAUCAUGAUGUGUGUUCGAACUGUUAAGUAUGCAGUAUUGAUUAAUGGCUGUCCAACAAAGAAAUUCACCCCUAGCAAGGGUAUUAGACAAAGAGAUCCUCUUUCCCCUUUCCUUUUUCUUCUAUGUGUAGAAGGACUAUAAGCUUUUUUAUCAAGCAUUAUAAAUAGAGGGGAUUUAAAAGGAUUAUCUUUAUGUAGAGGAUGUCCUUGUUUGUCCCAUUUGUUUUUUUGUAAAUGACAGCAUGCUGUUUGGAGAGGCCUCUAAAUGAGAAGCAGUAAAGCUUUUAGAAAUUU